AUGGAGGACCUGUAUUUUUUUCUGGUGGAACCAAUCAAUAAAACAAUUUGGUUUUAUUAUCAAUUUUAUUUUUUUUACCAUUUAUUGACUAUGCAAUAUAACACCACGACGGUGUUUGAAAUAUUUCUCCUAGGUUUUCCAAAUUUCCAAAAUAUAAAGAACAUUUUCUUCCCUUUGAUGCUUCUGGUUUACUGUGUGACUAUAUGUGGAAACCUCCUCAUCAUCCUGGUGGUGUCCUACAGCAUAUCUCUCCACUCUCCCAUGUACUUCUUCCUCACACAGCUCUCCUUCACAGAUAUUCUGCUCUCCACCAUCAUCGUGCCCAACAUGCUCCGCGUUGUGUUGUAUGAAGGGAGUUAUGUGUCUUUUAUUGGCUGUUUUAUACAAUUUCAUUGUUUUUUAGCCACAGAAUCAUUAGAAUGUCUUCUCCUGACUGCAAUGUCCUAUGACCGGUAUCAGGCCAUCUGUAACCCUCUGCAAUACACAUCCAUUAUAAACUUCACAUUUUGUGUAAAAACAAUAUUUUUUAUUUGGUUGAUUGUCCUUUUUAUUACAUUGAUGAUGUUUAUAACAAUAAGUAAUUUGCUAUUCUGUGGACCAAACAUCAUUGACCAUUUCUUUUGUGAUUUUAACCCGAUUCUUGAACUUUCCUGCUCAGAAACAUUUAUAGUGAAGAUGGAAAGCAAGUUAAUAGCAGUUCCUCUAGUCAUUUGUCCAUUUAUGGUUAUUGUAAUUUCAUAUGUGUUCAUUAUUAUCACCAUACUGAAGAUCCCCUCUGUGACCGGGAGGCAGAAGACCUUCUCCACCUGCAGCUCUCACCUGGCCGUGGUGUCUUUAUAUUACGGUUCUCUUAUUAGCAUUUAUUUACUUCCAGAUAUGAAAAAUGCCAAAAAAAUCCUCUCCCUGUUCUACAAUGUUGUAACUCCUCUUCUUAACCCUAUGAUCUACAGCCUGAGGAAUAAAGAUAUUAAGCAGGCCUUAGAAAAGAUGGUACAACAAAUACAUAAGAAAUUCCAUACGUGA